AUGAUACUGGAUGCUGCUGAGAACGAAGGUUUUCAUCUGUUAAUUGUUGAUUCGAUCGGUGCUUCUGUCGCGAUGCUCUCUCUGACAUUAUGGAUCGUAUUAGCAGCUGUAGUGAUUCUAAUCGCCUUCUUACUUUACAUCUACACUCGUCUACCGAAAAAAAUUCCCGUUCAGUUCCGCGGAAAGCAUGCCUUCAUUACG